GUGAGCGCCUGGGUGUUGAAAACGUGGGGCAAAACGUGGCUCAACAAUACAACUCCUCCAGCGUCCUGGCAAAUUUUCGUCGUCGCGUGGGCCCCCCCUCCUCCUCGCACUUAUCUCUCACAUUCUCUUCCUUCUCUCUCCCAUUAUUACCCAAAAAAUUUCUCGCUCGCUCGAUUGCUCCAAGUGGCUCUUUAAAAAUCCAACCAAGGGACUUAUCGUGGGCGUAAGCCAACAGUCAAGAGUGGAGCCAAGAGCGCUGCAGGUGAAGUUUGCAAGAGGAGUACUGAGGAAGUUUGUACUCCGAUUUGAAAAAAUACAAGCAAUCAAUUAUUUCGAGGGCUCACGCGCUUUUCCAUGUCAACGACACGCGUGAUCCUUCCAAGGCCAGCGUGCUACGCCCCGGUUAAAUACACAAGUCCCAUUCUAUCUCAUUCCACGUUUGAACAGCGUGAAACUGACUGGGGCUUUUUAAAUAUCUUAAAUAAUAAGUGGAAUUGUCGAGGUUACGUGAAUAAAAAACAUCAGCAUACUGGAGUCACAUUGAGAUUGAGAAAACGAGAAAAAGUCUCGUGCAUCUUCGCCGUAAUAGUCGGACUGAGAUGAGCGACCAUGGCUGCAUACACUUGAAUAAUUUUAAAGCUGCCAAGGGAAUACAACCAUACAAAGUUAUACAUUCUUACUUUGUCACUAGCACUUCGGCAGAGGCACGCAUCAGGAAGGCCGUCAGCUGCUUAUGUCAUACUUGCAAAACCCACAAGGAUCGACUGCAUUCUUGCUUGCACUGCAUAUUUUUUGGUUGCUAUGUCGGUGGUCACAUUCAGGAGCAUGCGAAAACGAAGAAACAUUUUUUAGCCGUGGAUCUUUGUUACGGUAAUAUUCUGUGCUUCCAAUGUGGAGACUAUGUAUACGAUAGAGAGUUACUGACAGUAGCCAAAGCACAAUGGAGCGAGUCAGCCAAGUCCCUAAGUCUGGGAGAGUUCUAUCGUGCCUGGGAACCAACACAAGUCGAGGCGGAAUUGUUGAGGAAAAAUCCACGACGAAGGCGCGUUGUGGAGAAUUCAACAAUUGGUCUCAGGGGGCUCAUAAACUUAGGCAGCACGUGCUUCAUGAACUGUAUUGUCCAGGCAUUGACUCACACUCCACUCCUGCGAGAUUAUUUCCUCUCUGAUCGUCACCAUUGCCCCCAGCCAAGUCGAUGUCUGGUCUGUGAAGUGUCUCACCUCUUCCAGGAAUUCUAUUCUGGUAGCAAAGCACCACUCACACUCCAUAAACUACUCCAUUUGAUAUGGACACACGCGAGACACUUGGCUGGUUAUGAACAACAGGAUGCUCACGAAUUUUUCAUUGCUACUUUGGAUGUACUUCACAGACACUGUGAAGCAGCACCAAUUUUUGUUAAGGAUAAUCCACAUCAUUGCAAUUGUAUUAUCGAUCAAAUAUUCACCGGAGGGUUGCAGAGUGAUGUUGUAUGUCAAUCUUGCAAUGGCGUUUCCACCACCAUCGAUCCAUUCUGGGACAUAUCUCUAGACCUCGGUCCAACAGCUGGUGCCUCUGGCUCUGACACCAAUGGACCCCCCACAUCACUUCUCGAUUGCCUAGAGCGUUUCACGCGAGCUGAGCAUCUGGGCUCAAGUGCUAAAAUCAAAUGCAGCAAAUGUCAGAGUUAUCAAGAAAGCACCAAACAGUUAACAAUGAAACAACUACCUAUUGUCGCGAGUUUUCAUCUUAAGCGCUUUGAGCACUCUAGUAUCCAGGAUAAGAAAAUAUCGACGUUUAUCUCAUUCCCAGAGCAGCUUGACAUGACGCCAUUUAUGUCACACAAGCGCAAUGGUAAUAACAACAGCGAUUCUAUCGAUGGCCUCCCCAAAAAUGGCGAAGACGCGGCAUUCAGUGAUAACAGAUAUUCACUGUUUGCUGUUAUUAAUCAUGAAGGCUCACUGGAGACUGGUCACUAUACUGCCUUCAUCAGGCAGCAAAGGGACCAAUGGUUCAAGUGUGAUGAUCAUUUGAUCACCAAGGCGAGGCUCAAAGACGUUUUGACCAGUGAAGGGUAUCUCCUCUUCUACCACAAGCAAAUCCUCGAGUAUGGUCGUAGUAGCAAAGUAUGAAGAGUCAAAUUUUCCGUAAUUAAUUUAUUUAUUUUGUUUAUACUGACGAGCAUAUUUCUCUGUGAGAGUCCAGUCAGUUUGUCACUCACUGACUAAUGUAUGUAAUUUCUCCUCAAAUCUCACAGUGAACGUGAUUUGCCUAUUCGUUCUGUUUAGAUACUGCCGAUUAUGAUAAAAUUGAUUUCGUUUCGAAUGCUUAGACGGCAAGAUGAUUGACCAUGUUUUGUAAUCAUGUCCUUGACCAGGAGAUAACGAUGAAUCUGAUCCUGAAGUUGAUAAUUUUUUAUGGAAUAAUUGUAAUUGUUAUGGAGUCACAUUUUUUUUUCAAUUUCUUAAGGCUCUCCUCAUUUUUUUAUGUUUUUCGAAAAAAACAACUGAUGUAUAUGAGUAUAACCAAUGAAUACACUUGACCGCGUCUACUUUGAUUGAACUGUAGAUUUUUAAGAUUAGCUCAAUUUUUUAAUGACGAAAAAAAAUAUGAAAAUGAAUGAUCCUAUCUUUUGUAAAU